GCAGAGCUCUGCGGGAGCAGCACGCCCCGCUCCCCUCACGCCGGUCCCCUCACGGAGCCGUGCCCGAGCGGCCGCGGCCCGAGCGCUGCGCCUGCGCCCUGCGCCCGGGCUCGCCUGCGCUGGGGCCGGGCGGGGAGAGCGGCCCGGGGCCCGCGGGGGCUGCGGGACUCAGCGGCAACAGCGGGCUCGGGCCGCCUCCGGAGCCCCGGCAUGCGGCCUCGCUGCUGCGGCAGCCCCCCCGCCCGCGGGCUCGGCAGGGCCGGGGCAGCGGCGGCUUGAGGCCGCGGAUGGGCGGAGCGGGAGGAGCCGGAGCCGCCGCGAUGGCUCAGGAGAAGAUGGAGCUGGACCUGGAGCUGCCGCCGGGGAGCGCCGCGGCCCCGGGCGACGGCGGCGGCCUGAGGCGGUCGAACAGCGCCCCGCUCAUCCACGGGCUCAGCGAUAACUGCCAGGUGUUCCAGGCCGGCGUCCUGCGCACCCGCAGGAACAGCACCACGGUCAUGAAUCGGCACAGCCUGUUUGUGCCAUCAUCUCCUAUCCGUAUUCCUAGCAGCCGUCUCCAUCAAAUCAAACAAGAGGAAGGAAUGAAUUUGCUGAACAGGGAAACCGUUCGUGAAAGAGAAGUGCAAGUAGCAAUGCAGAUGAGCCACUCAUGGGAGGAGAGCUUGAGCCUGAGUGACAAUGAUUUUGAAAAAUCACUAUCACCAAAGCAAGUAGACUUUGUUCCAGUUUCUCCAGCUCCUUCACCUACUCGAGGAAUAGGAAAGCAAUGUUUCUCACCAUCUUUGCAAAGUCUGGUGAGCAGCAGUGGGUUGCCUCCAAGUCCCAGCCCAAGUCCAACAAGGAGAUUUUCAAGCAGGAGAAGCCAGAGCCCAAUUAACUGCAUUCGACCAAGUGUUCUUGGGUCCAUCAAAAGAAAAGGUGUGACAGAGAUGGAAGAUCACCCGAAAAGAUUAUUCCAAGGAUCCACCACCAUGCUAACCCCCGAGGCUGCACAUCAGGGGGACCUUGGGGCAUGUCUGUCCUCGCACGCCCUGGAUGACAACAGGAGCAGUGCAGGCUCCUCCUGUGACUCCCCAGCUGAAGUUGGCACCAGCUCAGACUCUCCAGUGUCACUCUCUGACUCCAGAUCCCCGUUUUUGCCAGUGGAUCUCAUGGCCAAGUUACCAAUGAACUGAGGAGCAGGAUCUGCUGGUGGACACCGGGAUGCAGGCGGAUAUCGCCCCGACUUUCUGUUGUGUGUAACCCAUUCUGUUCCUCAUAGGAACUUCCAGCAAUGCCAUUACUUCUAGAAAACUUCCAGAAUAGUUCCUUGAGGAGGAAUUCACCUUUCUAGUGAUUUGUAUGAUAUUUACUACAAUACAGAAGCAUUUGGGCUGCAGGCACGUUGGGUGCUCACGUCGGUCAGGCUGCUGGUGUGCAGUGGAUGUGAUCUCCUUGGCAUGAGUUACAAACACUGGACAUGUCUCCUGCUUGUGGAAGACUUGGCUUGCCAGCAGCCUGUGUCCUCCCUGCCU